ACGGAAGUAUUAAAUAAAAGAAAACGCCAUUGAAAAUUGCCUUCUUGUCAAAUGAGUGAAUUAAUAGUGUACUCAAGUGUAUACGAAGUAUAAAAACUCCGCAAAGAUCAUGGUACCGGUCACUUAGUAUCAUAUACGAUCUGUAAAGUGAUCCACAUCCGCAAAUAAAUAAAUAUCCGUGGCAAAAUGAAGCUCGUUAUUUUCGCUCUUCUCGUUAUUACUGCGAUGGCCAUGGCUGCUCCUCAAGGAGAAAAAGCUACGUGCAGUAAGCUAUAUGAAUGGUGUCAGACAACUGAUAACUGCUGUCCUAAUUCCAUAUGUUUAUCCUAUGCGGCUAAAUGCGUGCCAAAGUCGGGCAUAAUAGUUCCAGCAAGUGAUGCGAGUGAACAUUGGGAUGGUAAUUGGCAAUAAACAAUUGAUUAAUUAAUACGACGAUCUAUUAUCUUACGGCAACAGUCUUUUGCACCGGAUCACGAUAUUGUUUUAUUUCUUUCUCAAUGGACAAGAUUUCGCGUUAUGUUUGAAUAAAGAGCAUUAAAAAUCCACGAA